AUGACGGCUCAGCUCUUUGUCAUGCUAAGGGAUCCCUUUGUGGGCACCGGGUCCCCGGCCCCCCUCCGAAGGAGGCUUGGAGGAGAGGGAGUGUGCGUCCCCAAGCUGGAGGAUGGUCAUUUAAUGGUCUUUAAUCCUCUUAUUCCGGGCGAUCGGCCGGCUGCAAAGAUGGUCCCAGAAGCCCCACAGAGCCAGCGCCUGGCGGGGCAGAGCGGGCUGGGGGGGACCCAGAGACGCUCUGGGAAUGUCCUGUUUGCCACAUGGCGUUGUGCUCAGUUCCUCUGCCGUGUGCCCGGAGCCAUCUGA